AUACCUGCGCAGCAUCCAGCCAGACGCCGUUUCAAGAUCACAUCUCGCGAAAAGUAAUGAUUAUUUUCGUUCCGCGGGCGUGUAGUUCCGCAUAUUCCCGCGGCGGCGCUGCGCACGGGUGUCGACACAGCGAUACCUACCUCGUUAUAUUGAAGUUAAAAAUGCAUUACCAGUGCUCCAAAUUUUUAAAUUAGUAUAUUAUAUUUGCGUUAUACAAUAAUUUGAUACGUGUUUUGUGUUUUUGAAUCAAGGAAUGAUCGUUUGAGGCGCGCAGUGUGGUGUGAAUAUAGUGUUAUUCGCGUGCGUAGGUUCGUGCGGUGCGCGAUUUUCCAGGGUUGAGCGGGCGGGUGCCUCGCGGGACGGGCUGUGAGCGUCCAAACGAUGUGCUAGUGUUAAUAUGAACGUCGCAAUAUGCGUGCGGACCUCGAUGGAUUUGCAAAUCUGUUCGCAGUCGAUCGCGUCGUUCGUGCGAACUCACCACGUACUGUAGGGUAGGUUGCCUUCAUACGGACUGUGACGAAUGUUCUUACCGGUGGCGCGGGAUGAAGCGGCACCGUGCCUCGGUCACAUCCAUCUAAAUACAAGCCCGAACUAAUGGCGCUGGCUAAAAUUAUUGUGAUAUGCACGUUGGUCGCCAUCGCGUCCGGCCACAGCUAUGAAGUCAAAGCAGAAGAUAAAGAGAAGAAAGCCAUGGCGGCGGAAAAAGAACAGAACUUGAGAUCAGCCAAUCCCGCGAGGAAUGGGCCAUGGGACCGGCUGUCAGCGUUGAUGAACCGGACUGAGGAAAGAAAGAACCGUCGCCGACCGAAACAGCACGCUGAAGGCAUGCUGAACGACAACGAAGGGAUCCAGAUCAGUCAGAAAAUAACACCCGACAACGACUCGUACACGCUCACGGACAAGAUAAAGAUACUGCGCCCCAACGUGCCCACAUACGAGGCAGUCAGUAAAUACAAUUUCAUAUCGCAGGCUACUGGAGUGUUCUGUAAUUUCGAGAUGGGUAAUGGGUCGCACGUGGACUUGUGCAUGUGGCAGUGGAACACGACGGUGUCCAGCCACGGGCUAGGGUUCAGGGUACUGAGCGCGGCGGACGUGGUGGCGUUGAACUCUACCACCAGGGGACUGAAGUUCUCCGGGCCUGACACUGACGCUGACGGCAACCCUGGAGGUCAUUUCUUGUACUUGCCAGUGGAUCCAACGAUGGAGAACAUGGCGAUAAAGUCUCCGCCUUUUCGAGGCCUCUGGGAGUUCUGUAAGUUCGAGGCUCAGUUACACCAGAGCAAGAUGCAGAACGCCAGCAUCCGGUUAAUAUCCGAGUCAACGCUCUCGGAAGUGCAGUGGAUACUCCAGGAAGUGGCUGGGAAUAAUUUCGAAAUGUGGCACCCAAUGCGUUUCAUGAUCGGCAACAUGCAGCAAGAAGUCCGCAUUAUAAUAGAGAUAACUCGGCCAAAUUACGUGAGCCUCGCGCAGACGCUGCCGCACAUCGCCAUCGACAACAUCCGCAUGCUAGAGUGUGUCCCCGAGCCCCCCGUUUAUAACGGCGAGUGCGUCCCUGGACAAUUGAAGUGCAAGUAUUUGAGUAUUGAUUCGUGCAUCAAGCUGCAUCAGGUGUGUGACCUUGCUAAAGACUGUGACGAUGGAAGCGAUGAGCAACAGAAUUGCGACAAAAUGCCGUACGGAUCGUACUGUAACUUCGAGCAUGACGCUUGCGGCUUCGAGAACGUUCCUCAGCCAAUACUAAAAUGGUCGCGGCACAGCGGGCCGACGCCUACAGACAAGACAGGGCCGAACUACGACCACACGUGCGGGCCCCCGGUCCCCCAUCCCACAGUGAUCAUGCCCCCACUUCUCCCAGCCCACGUGAACUACAGCCUAUCCCAAUGCGUGGGAUACUAUUUCUUCGUAAACAUGAAUGUGACUGGACCUAAUAGGGAAAAAGCGGAUUUUGCCUCAACAGCUAUUAUGAGGACUGUCGUAUUCAAUCCGCCUCCGAAAGUCCACGGGAAUCUUACUUCGAAGUAUUACAAUUGUUGUAUGAUAAGGUUCUAUUACCAACAAAAUGGCCGUAACUACGGCUCCCUGGGGGUGGAUGUGGUAGAACUCACUUCCAGGGGAAACACCACCACCUCCCUCUGGUUCUCCACCAAAGACAAGGGAGCGAAGUGGUACAGAGCGUCUAUAUUCCUACCAAACAUUACUAGGAGAUACUACCUCCAAUUCAAGACUCGUAUGGGAAUGCGAAUUUAUUCAGACUCAGCUAUCGACGACUUUUCAAUGUCUCCAGAAUGUUUUGGGCUAAACAUAGACCCUGAAGAACUAGGGGACUAUAAUUACUACGACCCUGUGUUCGAAGUGAAGACCACGCCGCACACUGCGUUUGCUGAUAAACCUUUCUACCGCUUCACGACCUGCGGGGCUACGGGUCGGUUCGGACCCAACCAGUCAAUGUGCGACGCUGUGUACAACAACACCCCUGUCUCCGUCUCUGUGGUGAACACCCCACCAUACCAGGGUAUACAGGUGUGGGAGGUGCCGGCUGAGGGAUUGUACACGAUAAUAGCAACAGGAGCGAGUGGCGGGAUGGGCUCGGCGUGGGCGGGCGUGUCGCAUGGCGCUACAGCUCGCGCGUUGUUUGAACUGCAUCGAAGUGAACAGAUCUACAUGUUGGUCGGACAGCAAGGCACUAACGCUUGUAAAAAGACGCUAUCAGCGCAGGAGAGCCAGUCCUGCUCCCGGAAGCAGAGCAACGAGACCUCCCACGUGUACACGAGUAAGACGCACGAGGUGCGCAACACGCAGGUCACGGACGGCGGCGGCGGCGGCGGGGGAGCCACUUACGUAUUUUUGCUGGAUAAAGAAGGGGAGGCUUACCCCCUAGUGGCGGCUGGAGGUGGUGGCGGGCUUUCCGUGGGCGCGUUCAGGGACGACGGCUCCCAGCACGGCCGCUUCCACACCAACGCCACGCCAGAGUCCGGGUAUAUGUACGGACAUCCGGGGCGGACGUCAGGUGCCGGUGGAGGCUGGGUGCCUCGCGCUGGUCCCAGUACCCCGGGCUUCGAGCUGGUCCGAGGGGCAGCUGUUAAAGAAGGUGGCGUGGGAGGGCAAGCAUGCGUGGGACAAGCUCAUGGAGGCUUCGGAGGAGGCGGCGGAGGGUGUUUGAGAGGCGGAGGCGGAGGCGGGUGGUUAGGUGGUAAUACGAACGAAGGCGAGCAUGGCGGUGGUGGAUGGUCGUAUAUAGAAGGAACCCGCGCUAUCCGGGACUAUAGUGACGUGAGUGUGGCGCUCAGGACCGGGCCAGGGGAAGUGCUGAUCAUACCGGCGAUACACGACUGUGGGUGCGACUACCGCUGCGUGGCGCUGAACGAGUACCGCAGCGAUGUGAAGUGCUACUGUCCCGCCACCUGGAGCACCGACCUGCACGACGCCACCAAGUGCAUACUGGAGGACUCGUGGCCGCGGGUGUCGUGGGUGGUGAUCAUCGUGCUGUCGGUGGUGGUGUUCGUGUGCGCGCUGGCGGUGCUCUGCGUCUGUCUCUACCUCUACAAUACGUACCAACGCAAGAAAGAAGCGGAGCAGCGUCAGAAGCGAAUCCUAGAACAGGAGGUCCAGCUACAGAGACUGAGGAAUGCUCCCGGAGGAAAUGACAACGCGCUCAACAUGGCCUUCAACCCACACUACGGGAGCGAAGGCUUCCUCCCCCAGGGCAUCGAUGUGAGGGGCCUGCCCCAAGUGUCCAGGGAGAGUUUGAGGCUUGUCAAGGCCCUCGGUCAAGGCGCAUUUGGAGAAGUCUACCAAGGUCUCUACCGCCAUCGGUCAGCGGAUGCAGCGGAAAUGCCGGUAGCCGUGAAGACGUUACCGGAACUCUCCACGGGCCAGGCCGAAGCCGACUUCCUAAUGGAAGCCGCCAUCAUGGCCAAGUUCAACCAUGCUAAUAUCGUGCAUCUGAUUGGAGUGUGCUUUGAUCGACAUCCGAGAUUCAUAGUCCUCGAGCUGCUUGCCGGAGGAGACUUGAAGAACUUCCUCCGCGAGAACCGGCCGAAGCCUGAACGAGCCAGCGUGCUCACUAUGAAGGACCUGUUGCUCUGUUCCCUGGACGUUAGUAAAGGAUGCAGAUACUUGGAGAGCAAGCGGUUCAUACACAGGGACAUAGCAGCUCGCAACUGCCUCCUGACCUCCAGAGGUCCGGGGCGCGUGGUCAAGAUCGCGGACUUCGGCAUGGCCCGGGACAUAUACCGAGCUGAUUACUACAAGAAGGGAGGCAAGGCCAUGCUCCCGAUAAAAUGGAUGCCGCCCGAAGCCUACAUCGAUGGUGUUUUCACUAUCAAAACUGAUGUUUGGUCGUUCGGCGUGUUGCUGUGGGAGGUGUUCUCUCUGGGCGUGAUGCCGUACACCGGCUGCGCCAACAGGGAGGUCAUGGAACUCGUCUCCGGAGGAGGCAGGCUCGAGAAACCAUACGGUUGUCCCCACGAGAUCUAUCGUCUGAUGUGCGAGUGUUGGAACCCGGCUCCCACCGAGAGACCUUCCUUCGCGGCGAUAUUUGACAGACUGCAGAGGUUCAUACAGGACCCUGCAAUAGUGGGAGCAUCUCUGCCGGUGGUGCGGUCGUUGUUACCACCCACCGCCCUGGACGAUUUAGAUGGACCGCAGCGCGCUCCCGUCUGCGACUACCUCGUGCCGAUGUCUCCGCAGGACAACGCGCACAACAUAUCUAGCUCAACGGGUCUGCUUGUACUUCAUAGCAUAACGCCAACGGUGACACAGGACCCAGAAGAAACGGAGGAUUUACAAUAUCUACCUCUGCUGAGAGCAUCACAAGAAUAUGGCAACAUUCAAAUGCUGAGGAACGGAACGGGCGCAAGGCUCGAGGUGUGCGCUGCUUCCGCCGCCGAGACCGCGAACAAUACAAAGUUUCUGCCGUCUAACUCCACUGACAGACUACUAAGCUCAGUGGAAGGCGAGGCGGAGGAAGGCUCGUGUUCGGAGGCGGAGGAACCUGAAGUGUGGGAGACGUCCUUCACGGAGGCUCCUGACGCCCACGCCGAGCCCGCUGACGCCAAACCGACUGUCGAUAAUGGACCUGCUGUCGAGAAACUGAUAAGCAUAACACCAACCUCGCCGAAGCCGCCAGAGAACGCGCUCACCAAAGCGAUCGAAAUCAAUGUCAUAGAUAAAACCAACCACAAGAAUUCCCUAGCGCCGGAGCGGAAGACCGCACCAAUAGCAUCUCCAGACCCGCCAAGAGUCAACGCGUGGGCCAAAGACCACGUCAAAUACACCCCCAAAGCCAAACCCUUGUGUCUGGACGCGGCGCAGUUGGAGCAAAAUCUCAACGCGCUGAAGAAAAACAGUGGCUCUGUAAACCUCAAUACAAUGAACAUAGUCCCACCGUACAUUAACGUGGUCACUCCAAACAAGCUAUCUGAGUCGAAGACCAUACAAAUUGACCCUAAAAAGGCGGUAAUAGACGACCUCAAAGACACAGAACGGAAAGACGAGAAGACGAUGUUAAGGCAAUCGAAUUCGGCAGGAAGUUUGCUUAACGGUCCAAUGACGGAUGUUCCGUACGCCGACAGCGAUAACACAUCAUCAUCAUCAGGCAGUAACUCUCAGAAUAUUGUUAACAACAAGAAAUUUGAUGAAAGGAAUAAAAUUAAACAGGGUAGUAAGACCGGUGAAACUGAAAUAAGUUGCUAAACCUGGAACUGUGUCGCCGUAUUACAAACUAUAUGUAAAUAUAUUUAAGUGGAUUUUGGUGUUGGUUAAGGCUCAGUGAUGUGAAAUGUGCUCAAUUGAAAGUGGACCCGUCUGCGCUUGCCAAACCUUAAGUCAAAUCCGAUCGGUUUACGAACGUACGUGUUUAAUUUCAUUUGUUUUAGGUAUGUGUUGAUAAUUUUUACAGUGUAUUUACGAAUACUUCUGCAAAUGUCACACGAAAUAUUUGAAAUUUGGAACGGUUUUAUAAUUAUUCAAAAAGUCUCCGUUAAUUUAAUUUUAAAAUAUAAUUUUCUAAAUAUUCAAGAAAAAACAAUGCCGAAAUACGUACAGUGUGCGUCUUUGUAAGUGACAAAAAUAAUAGUUAGAAAUGGCUGAAAACUGUCAAGUGAUGAAACAAGCCUAUAUAUAGACUUUAUUAUAAUCAACACCUGUGUAUAGAUAUAUAAGUGAUAUUAAAUAUAUGUAUAUGUAUUUUGUCGGAACGUUGUACAGAUGUGGUUUUUUAUGUUAGAGAAAAUAAUACAAGUUUGACAAGUAAAAUGGCUUCCUAAUCGCUUGUAGUUGGAAAUAGGUUAUUUUUACUCUGUCGCGGUUUUAGAACUGUCGUGACUCGAUACGUCGAGACCAAAAAAUACUCGGAAAAAUGAGUAAGAAUACUCGAACGUUCGAGUCAAUAUGACUCGUUGGUCCGAGACUAAAUAUUCAGUGCAAAACCGCGACAGAGUCCCCAGUCUCGGUGACCGAGGCUGUUUGGUUUAUUAUUGCUCAAAACGCUCAUUACUGAGUAUAGAUGAAAUUUUUAUAUAUUAGUUUUAUUUUCUAUCGAAAUAUUUAUUAUGUACAUAUGGUAUUUAUGUUAAGCUCGCUUCAUAGCCAUUAUUUAUUUAAUAUAUAAAAUUAUUCGGUCGUUUGUAUGAGGAAGCGUAUGAACGCUCGUAAAUUAAAGAUUUCUAAAAAUAUUCAUAUAAUCAAGGAGCGACUUCAUUGCGAGUGGUUAUAUGGUAGAAAAUGGACAGAAAUGCGUUUUAAACCAUAGAGAAACACACAAGCGUCGCAAAUUAUGAUUGUGUUUACACCUGCUUCUUAACGCAAGACAAGAUAAUGCAUAAUAUGUCUAUAAUUGACGCAAGUUUGCGUCCAACAAAUCCGGCUUUUACUGCAAUAAACAGAUUUCUUUAUUCCUUUUAUACAUGAAUAUAAAACACGAAAACAUUAAAAUGUAAGAGAUGUUCGUGAAAAAAAUACUUUUGAGAAAAAUUUAAAACACGCUCUUGCGACCUUCGACAUAUAGCUUCUUUAUACGUUGGCCAAUAUGUGCCAAUAAUCCUCGCCAAUACGUGAGUCCAACAUGUACAGGGGAAUGUGUGCUCAUGUUCAGAGACGGACUGAGAGCUGGUGGUCAUUCUAAUUUGGGGGCCUGCGUAAUUAAUCAAAUAAUUGCUAUUUGGUCAAAUAACGUAUGUAGAAAAAGAGGUGUAGUAAAACAUAAUAAUUAUUUAAUAUAGCAUACAAAAUAACUAUAAAAAACUAUAG